AUGACUAGACUAACAAAUUUUGUAGUCAUAUCAUUUGCUGUCUUGGAUAGCGAAGCUGACAUGAUGUCAUCAAAAGGUAUAUGUAAGAAAAGAGUUAUGUGGGCAUAUUAAUUGAACAAUGUUAGACUACCCAGCCAUUCAAAUUCUACUCUAAAUCUAAUCCUGAUCUUACAUCCACACCUACCCCUAUUUGACUAAUUUGUGCAUAUAUCCCAUUGAGCUGUAAUGUGCCCCAGUGUGCACAUAUUUUUUUUCCUGUCCAAUGCCAGACAAUUUUACUUGUCAAUGGGGAAGCUCUGCAGCUUAAUGGAUAUACUGAAUAUCUGGAGCACUUUUAAAUAUUGUCGGUAAAACUAUAUUUAUCUUUAUUAUAAUCUCAAUUUAUCUCAAAGGAAUCACACAAUUGCCAUAAUAAAAGGCCAGGAGUCUUAUGACUUACUACAGCAGUCAUGCUCAAGCUUACUGAAGCAGGUGAACAAGCUACUCGAAGCCAAGAAAUUAACCGUGAAUGGAAAAGACAUUCCAGUUGAUAUUUAUCUUGGUGGAGACUACAAGGUACUGUAGUCUUACACACUUGUCUUACGACUUCAGUGUUGCAGUGGUUAGCACAACUCUGAAUGUAGUAAUCAAAUUCGACCUUAUGCAUAAUGACGUCACAACACUUGAUACCAGCAAGGAAUGUUGAUCUUAGUAGUCAUCAACUGGGAAAAUUAAACAAUUCAACAUGGCCACUAUCGGAACCUUCCCUGGCGAUGACUAUUAAGACCAGCAUUCCUCGAAGGCAUCAAGCCUUGUGACGUCAUUAUUUAACUAAUGAAAGAGUUUCAUGUCCUUUUUGUUUUCCUAAUGUUUAGUUUCUUCUACUCAUACUGGGUAUGAAGUCAGCAACAAGUGAUUAUGCUUGUAUUUGGUGUAAGAUUUUCAAGUUGGACAGGUAUUUAGAGUGUUAGUUUGAUGAUUGGUUAUUCAACUACCUGAGAAAGAGAAAACAAAUUAUUUGACAUUUCAAGCAAUUAGGCCCUUUGUUAAGAAGUUGGUGAACUUUGCUAAGAAGUUAGUCGCUCACUUCUUGACAAAGAGCCUUUGCUCGAAAUGCCAAUUAAUUUGUUUUCUAUUUUUCAGGUUGUUGAAUAGCUGACACUUCUUGUGUCACUAUCUACACUGGUGGUGUCUGGCACCCUUCUUGCAAGUGUAAAUUUAGAAUGUUAACCUUUUAAUUUACAAUCCUCAUCGAGAAGAAAGUGUUGAACUUUAAUUGACUGAAUGGCAAUGCACCUAAAUGUGAUCCACCUCAGUCUGUAUUAUGCCCGAUGAAUGAAGAGAAACACAGAAACAUGAAAAUUCUAUUCUUAGCAUUGUGUUGCAUCAUGAUCUUGUUUUACAUUUAGGUAUGACAUGUCAAAGCCAAUUGACUAUUACUGGCAGGCUAAGUUGGCCAGAACGUUCGAAGAAAUGCGGGAACAGGCCAAGAGCUGCAAAUUCUCAUGUGAGCACAGACCACUAAUUAACAUCGCAUUAGAAAAUGUGGUCUUAGAUGAACUCCAUUUAAUGCUUCGAAUUACUGGUAAGUUAAACCUAUCUUGUUUUCAUUAUUUCACAGGUAUUUAAUUAAUUUAAAGCACUGAACAGAGUUGUCACUCCUACAAUUAUCUAGUAUACAGCUGCUACUGUAUUUUAUAUUAAUUGUCUAUGGCGAAAGGGAAAAGCCUAGACUAUGUAGACUGCACCUCAGUUAAGUUUCACAAUCAUUCGUGCACAUGAAUUAUAUAUUGAUGUAAAAGCUUUGGCAAACUUGGGUCGGGUUGAAUGAAAAGGUCUGGCGAAAUUCACUGUUCGCAGGCCUAAACUGAAAACCCUGUAGAAAGCAAUGGUAAGUUACUAGAUGCAAUGUACCUUGGCUUUUGUAUUGUUUUAUUCUGCCUUACAUUAUUAGAGGAUUUACCUAUCUUGGGCAGUUGGGUAGAUCAAUAACCAAUAAUACUCAAGGAUUUCAAAUUAAUUAUCUUAGUAUUUCAAUUGAUUGUUCAAAAGAUUUACAAUCAUGUUAGUGAAAUGCAAUUGUUUAUUUCAUUUUUAAUAAUGACACAUUAUUUACAGAUAAAUUAACAGACAACCUGGUAAGAGAUGCCAUUGAGUGGGACAGGAAAGACAACCUGAACAAACCACCGAAUCAAAGAACAGCCAAGCAUGUGGAUGAUCUUGUAGGUGCAAUCAAUAGGUGUGGAGUUACUUUCAACAUUUGGGAAAAGAUGGAUGCUGAUGGAAGAGGCAGUGGAAUUUCCGAUUUCACUAGUUUGAUGGGAUCAGACAAAAGACUCCUUCUAAACAAAUUGCCAAAGAAGCUUGGAGCUGUUACAAGGCCAGAAAUUAGUGAGACUGUUGUGAAGAUCUGGAAGGUUUGUAUAUAUUAUAAAGCUAAUAUCCACACUGCAACUUAGUACACCAACUGUUUUUUUUUCUCUUAGGAGUUUACAGAACUAUACGUCCUUUUAGGAACAGAAAACCCAAGCAGUGGCGAUAUUACCAAAUACUUUCAGAAGGUAAAUAUCCUAUUUGUACGUUUAUGCAAUUAACCCAUUAAGUGCCAGUGCUCUCUGGCGUUAGACAGAGUGAAUUACUAAAGUAGGGAGCAUCAGAGUGCAAUGCGACUCUAUGGGUUAAUGCAUAAUUAAUUUCCUCAUGUUUAGCACAGACCCAGGCUGCAGCAUCUUGUAAGUAAUCAGUAUCGCCUUGCAGCAUAUUGCAAUUUUCUACACUAAUGUCUUCCAUUUAGGCUACUUCCUGGAUAAGGCUGUUGCUAACACUCAGUGGUAAAGCCAUGGGAUGCGAGUCGGGAAGGGUGACACCUUACAUGCAUGCCAUGGUCUACCAUGUGCCAAGAUUCAUGGAGAAAGGCAAAGGCGUUCGAAAUUCACUGGACAAGGUGGGUAGUCAUAUAUGCCUUUCUUUAAAAACAGCAUCUCAUUUUUACAGUUUGCCCCUUUUAUGCCUUCACAGUCUAAAUUAUUUAAAUCCGUUUUUUUUCUAAUCAAACAAUUAAUUUUCUUCUGCUGUAUGCUUUGUGUUGCUCAUCAACCAAGAUUCUCAUCAACCAAGACAGUACAUUUCUUUCAAUUACUAUGAUUUACAGUAAACUCAGUGGCAUCUUUGCUUUUUUGUUAAGUUUUGAAAAACUAAAUGAUGUGUGCAGAAGAGUGCGUCUGCAUCGAUCAAAUAAAUGUGAUGCUGCAAAAGAUGUUCUGCUGGUUGGGAAGAGAAUGGAGCAUCUGGCAGACUGUGAGAGGGGAGUCAGGGAAUACAAGAAGCAGUACCUGGAUUACUGGGAAGAAAGCAUCAAAGAGUCUCGAGCUAAGCGCCACAGGGCUUGCAUGCAGCCAGCUGAAGUUGGACACUUAGGCUUUGAGAUGCUCAGCAAUUUUACAGUUGAUGAAAUUAAGCUAAGGCUUAAACACUUGAGAGUCCAAACCCGGUAUAGGUGUAAGAAGAAGCUAAAAGAACUCCUCGUUAAUACACUGCAAGAUAAGGAAAAUGCAAUGCUUUAG